AUGCACAUCGCAAGGGGUCGGUUGCUGGGGCCCUCGGUAAACCCAGCCGGCAGUUUCCGGUUAGCACUUUCGCUAUUUGAAGACAUUAGGAAGUUAGGCGGUGGCUCCGUGCUCUUCCUUUCUCCAUCCGAGGCCUGUGUCCUAAAGUCGGUGUCACGGUGGCAGCACCCAGCGUUUUGUUGGCUCUUUCGCCAACAGCGCCGAGCUGGGGGGAGGGUUUCUGUCACAGCACUUGUUGCACCGAAUUUCUCGGUCGCAGAACCUCUCUUUUCCGAGGGUCGUCAUUUUCUCCGUGACAACACAGUUGGUUGCGCCAAAACGGAUGUUGUCCUUGGGAACUCUUCCGGCUGGCGUCACUCGCAGAGCCCCGGCACCGCCAUUUCGCGGAGCCGAGUUCUCUUGGUGGCGGCACAGCUUGUUCCUCGGUGCCUCCAUUUUCUCGGUGGCGGCAGCGCUCUGGUAGCUGAUCUGAGGGACUUGGAGUCGCAGCCAGUUGCGCAGUCUGGCGUUCCCGGGUGGCGGCGGCGCUGGGCGGGGGAGCCCGCCGCUCGCCUGAGCCAAGUGGCAGAGGAGCUGCGCGGGCGCUUCUAUUCACAGCGCCGCGAGCGGCGUCGUACGGGUUCUGGCUUAGCCUCCAGAACCCAGUCCCCUGGCGGCGGCGCCGCUCGCGUCUCUGUCGCAGGCCUCUGCGGUUUCGCGCGUCGUUGGCUUCUUGGUUCUCGCAAGUUUGGAUUUCGCGGUGCCUGCGAUUGCUACCUCUUGUCCAAAUCAAUAGCCAAAAUGUGAUUUCUCAGCCUAAGCAAGUCCCAGUUUAGGGCAAACACCGGUCUAGCCCUGGCUGCGAUUUCUUGGUCCUAGAAGUCAUUGUUUAGCAAGGCAGACUUAACUGUGCGAUGGUAAUUUCUUUUUCUUUGGUUCUUUUUCUUUCUUGAUACGGGGUCCGGCUCUGUCGCCCGGAUGGUGUGCAGUGCCGCGAUCUCGGAUCACUGCAACCUCCGCCUCCCGGGCUGAAGCGAUCCUCCCACCCCAGCCUCUGGAGUAGCUGGGACCACAGGCACGCGCCACCACGCCCGGGUAAUUUUUAGUAUUUUUCCUAGAGACGGAGUUUCGCCAUGUUGCCUGGGCUGGUCUCAAACUCCUGAUUUCUUAGUCUGACCAAGUCAGAGUUUAGCUAUUUCUUACCGUAGCAAGUUGAGAUGUAUUCUAGUUUGCGAUUUCUAGCCGUAACUAUUCUGACUUUAACCAUGCCUACAUAAUUUUAGUAGUAGCAAGUUUCUCUUUCGUAAUAAGAACCCCCAUUAUCGCCACCCGUGUGGUUUAUAACUCCUGUAUUAAUCUGGGUACUGGAGAAUGCAAUUUAAAAAAUUUAGCAGUGCCUGGAAUUUUUUAUCAUACCAAGUUAGAAUUCGCAAUACUCUCGCCCUGGCUAUACUAGUGAUUUUUCACUCAUGUAGAAGUUGGGGUACGUAGGCUACAGAUAAUUUUUGGUGUCGCAAAUACCAGUUUAACCAUGGCUGUUCUUAAUCCGAGGAAACUUCGGAUAGGCGCAUGAGGCACGGGUUUAGUGUUAACAAAUAUAAUGGUAGGAUCGCACCAUUCGACACUGUUUGCAAUUUCUUUGUAGGAUUCUUUGUAUGUAUACUCAAAAAAAAAAAUUUUUUUUGGUGUAUCUUGUUUUGGGAGCAAGGUUAUUGGUGUAUUUUAUUUUCAUUUCUAUUUGCUUUUAAAAAUUUAAUUAUUUUAAAUUUAAAUGUUACGGUAUUUUUUUCGUACCCACUGUCUUCCCCAGUAGAAUAAAUGUGGCGUAUUUCUUCUACUGA